CCAGUAGUAUCGAAAAGUGGAUGCCACGUAGUUUCGAGCGACUGUCAAAUAAAUGUAGAGGCGACACUUGAGAGACCGGGAUGGCCGCUCUCUGGAUGCUGGGAUCCAACUUUUCUGAAAUAUGCGCACGAGUGACAGUUCAACGAAGAGAUAAAUAAUUUGUCGGCGGGCAAUAAUCCGUGAAAAUAUGUAGUAAAAAGGAAUAUCUGUUUCUUAAAGUUUUAAAGGAAUGAAAUUCUAUCGUCGUGAAAUGAUAUGUCAAAUAAGAUUGUACGAGAAACAAGCAAAUACGUAGAGAGAGGUUGACAGACGAACUAAUAAGCCAACAAUAUUUCUUUCGUGUAGGAAAUGAUGAUCAUUUAACGCACUUUGACCAUGGAAGAUCGCGACAGUAACAAGGAACACCGGGUCCUGCAACAUUACAUUGCCAAGCAAGACACGGUACUGAUACGGCUAUUCGGUGCUUGCGUCGUUAAUGUUAACGAGCUGCGUGUGGGAAUGCUUGUAGAAGCACUGGAGGAUUUGAAGGAGAGCGUGUUGAAGAUUCGCGUCAUCGACACCAUCGGCGGAUCUAAAAUCUGGUGCGGUACAGAAUGGCGUUGCCACAAAUACGAUCUAAUUCCUGUAUCGCAAAAGAUCUGGCAGUAUCUCCUCACCGUUCAAUCCCCUCAGGAGAGAAUCCGAAUCGCGAAUGACGAAGCUCUGUGCGAGCGAAUAAGAAAUAUUUCUGUCAACGACAGGGUCUGGUACUGCCCCGAUUCUUCCAACAGGCGAGCUAAGGAGAUUGCAAUUGUCAGAUACAUAGGAUCUGUGAAGCAACUUGGAUUGGGACAUUAUUUUGGCCUUGAAUUAUUGGAAAGCCAAGAAGUAUUCAAAACAUCUGUAUUGGCCAAAGAGUAUUUUAUUUCUAUGCAUUCAAAUGCUAGUGUAAUAUUUGCUACUGUAAAUAAUAUAUAUCCAUAUAAAGUUGAAUCUGACACAAUUUCUGGCAACAUUGAAAAAACAUUCUUAAAAAAUAACACAGGAAUCGACUAUAUUAACGAUAAGAAAAGAUCUGUGCUUGAUAGUACACCAGCUGUUUUAUUAGAAAAAUUUACCUUGUUUGAUGACAAUAAGAACAACAAUCAGGAAUCUGUCAACAUAUUGAAAGAACGUCAUCAGGCCACAAAGUCAAAUCUUGAAAAUAACGUUAAUAAUUAUACUAAAAACAUCGAUCAUGCUCUUUUUAAAUGUGGUAAUACGCUGGAAAAGAACGAAAUCAAAAAAUUCAGGGUAGAGAAUAAGAAAGAUUUCAUGGUGGGUUCUACUGUAAAAGUACUUGUGGAUUCUGAUAUUUAUUAUGGAGUUAUCCGAUGGAUUGGCACACCAACUGGUGUAAGUCCUGGCAAAUUGAUGGCAGCAGUCGAACUGGAUGAUGGACAUCCUUUAGGUACUGAUGGAACUUAUAAAGAUGUCAGAUACUUUCACUGUAGACCUUAUAAAGCUAUAUUCACAGAUAUUGAGCAUUGUUCUCAUUACGAAGACACGAAACUUAACGAGCAACCGGCAUUUAUGAAUAACGAUAAUUUCGGUAACAUGGAGAGCUCUGUAAUCGCGGGCAUAGUACGACCUAUCUCCGUUAAGGGAGACUUGGAAAGCAUAUGCGGGAAAUAUCGUGGUAUUCAGGGUCAUCACAAUUCCUGCUAUUUAGACGCUACUCUCUUUAGCAUGUUCACAUUUACCAGUGUAUUCGACAAUCUCUUGUUUCGACCGCCGAAUGAAAAGGAUUGUCCACAGUACGAAGAAGUACAGAGAGUUUUGAGAGAGGAGAUCGUGAAUCCACUUAGAAAGAAUAUGUUUGUUAGAGCGGAUCGUGUAAUGAAACUUAGAACAUUGCUCGAAAAAUUAUCGUCGGUGUCCGGUCUUACUAGCGAAGAAAAAGAUCCGGAGGAAUUUUUAACGUCGCUAGUCGCCCAAAUUUUAAACGCCGAACCGUUUCUCAAGUUAAGCUCUGGACAGGAUGCGUAUCACUAUCAAUUGUUUGUCGAAAAAGACGAUCACUUAAAUUUGCCAACCGUGCAGCAAUUAUUGGAACAGAGCUUCCUUACCAGUAACAUUAGGUUGAAAGAGGUCCCUUCAUGUCUUAUUAUACAAAUGCCGCGUUUUGGAAAAUCAUUUAAAAUGUAUCAAAAGAUACAGCCUACAUUACUGCUCGACGUGACGGACAUUAUCGAAAACUCACCCAGACAAUGCACGGUGUGUGGUAAAUUGGCAGAAUUCGAGUGCAAGGAAUGUUAUGGACAAUGUGGCGUUGGUCUCGAAAGUAUAGCUUUCUGUCUGCAGUGUCUUGAAAAAGUACAUCGUCACGAACGAAGAACAAAUCACGAACCAAAGAAGCUUAUUGUUCCUAUGGAGUUUGCAAUUCUUCAAGAGCAUUGUCCCGUACCGCGUCUGUACUUGGAACUUUCCGCAGUGGUUUGCAUCGAAACCUCACAUUAUGUCUCGUUUGUAAAAUGUGGUCCCGGUUCUGAGGCGCCAUGGUGUUUCUUCGAUUCGAUGGCUGAUAGGAAGGGGGAGCAAAAUGGAUAUAAUAUACCGGAAAUGGUACCAUGCCCAGACUUCCCCUACUGGUUGAGCGAAGAGGGAGGAAAUUAUUUGACAGAAUUGACAGACGAUCGUCAUUUACCAGAACACGCGAAACGUUUGCUUUGCGACGCGUAUAUGUGCAUGUACCAAUCUCCUGAUGUUAUGAUGUACAAAUAGUUGUAAUCGAUUUUUAUUUUAGUUGAAAUAUUUUAUUAUUACUCGAGAAAAGUGCAAUGUUCCGUUUAUUGCUUUCUUUAAAAACUUUACAUAAACGAUUGUAAU